AAGUUUGAUAUCGUCUCAGCUCUGCUCUUUCAUACCUCAGUUGGUCCUUUCAGCGACAAACAAUAGCAUAGCAACCACCCUGAUGAGUGAAUUAGCUGGCUAGCUAGCUACAGAUAAUAAUUUAGCUUGGAAUACAGAAGAAUCCAAAGUGGCUGCACUAGUUUUGAACUAGCUAAGAAGCUUGCAUCUUCAAAACUGGAACAAAUCCGGAGACUCAUCACACACAGAAAUCAGGUCCGUAAUACUGAGUGAAGGGCCGUGCAGGAGGGGCUUAUAGAGGGAGUCCACCGUGGUGAGAAUGAAACAUUGAUGUCUUCUCGAAUCGAUCAACCGUCGUUAGUAGUGUGUAGCGGAGAGGAGGCUCCUCAGUAGCAGCAGCCAUGGGUCUGUUAGCCUAUCUGAAGACCCAGUUUGUUCUGCAGCUCCUCCUGGGCUUUGUGUUCGUGGUGAGCGGCCUCAUCAUCAACUUCAUCCAGCUCCUCACCUGCGUCCUGUGGCCCUUCAACAAGCAGCUCUACCGCAGGAUCAACACCAGGCUCUCCUACUCCCUCUGGAGCCAGCUGGUGAUGCUGCUAGAGUGGUGGUCUGGCACAGAAUGCACCCUUUAUACAGACCAGGCCACGGUGGAGAAGUUUGGCAAGGAGCACGUCAUCAUCAUCCUCAACCACAACUACGAGAUUGACUUCCUCUGCGGCUGGACGAUGUGUGAGCGAUAYGGAGUCCUAGGGAGUUCCAAGGUGCUGGCCAAACAUGAGCUGCUGAAAGUGCCUCUGAUUGGAUGGACCUGGUAUUUCCUGGAAAUUGUGUUCUGUAAGAGGAAGUGGGAGGAGGACAGAGACACUGUGUUCAGAGGUCUGGACAGACUCAAAGACUACCCUGAGUUUAUGUGGUUCCUGUUGUACUGCGAAGGCACUCGCUUCACAGAGAAGAAACACCAGAUCAGUAUGGAAGUGGCAGAGAGUAAAGGCCUGCCCAAGCUCAAAUACCAUCUGCUGCCCAGAACCAAAGGCUUCACCACAACACUGAAAUGCCUCAAGGGCACAGUAUCUGCCGUGUAUGAUGUCACACUGAAUUUCAAGGACCACCAGGUCCCCACUCUGCUGGGCAUAAUCAACGGCAAGAAAUACAUGGCAGAUAUGAAAAUCAGGCGGUUCCCUGUAGAUGAGAUCCCAGAAGAUGAGAAGGAGUGUGCCAACUGGCUUCAUAAGCUUUACCAGGAGAAGGAUGCUCUGCAAGAACACUAUCAUAAAGAGGGCACUUUCCCAGGUCCCACCAUCACCCCUCCUCGCCGRUUGUGGACGCUACUUAACUUCUUGUUCUGGGCGACCCUUCUGCUCUCGCCCCUCAUAAACUUCGCCUGCGGUGUGGUGGUCAGUGGCUCCCCCCUCCUCAUCCUCGGCUUCAGCCUCUUCCUUAUCAUUGCCUCUAUAGCCAUCCGGCGCCUGAUCGGUGUCACCGAGAUAAAGAAGACGGGCUCCAGUUACGGCGACGAGGGGGCUAAGAAACAGAACUAGAACUCUCCCUCCUGACCGCAGUUGGUCGCUCUCGUACGGUCCUCCUGCGGUCCCCCUCCCCUAUUCUGUUGUCCUGAGGUGCGUGCGAGUAAGCACUCCGGGGAGGGGGGUCAAACCGAUUUACACCAGAGAUGGAUCUGGACGAUGAGGGAAGGAAGAGAGGGAGGGGUUUGACCAUGGGAGGAGUGUAGAGAGAAAAAGGAGACCAUCUGCAGCCAGCUCUCUGUGGAGUAGGAGAGGGCAGGACUGAGAACGGGAGGUACUGCUGUGAACAUGCUCCUUGCCCCCUUAUCCAACCCCCUCAGACCCCCCGCCACCUCGCACUCUUCGACUCCUUUGACCCUAGGAACCAAGCCUAUCAGCAGCUUUCCUUUCCAUAACUUUCUUUUGAAUUUAGUUUUUGAUUUGAGGUUGAGGUGUUACUUCAGUGUUCACCUUGUAACAUACAGUACAGUAUAUCUCCCCCCUCGUUCUACCGAAAAAGCCCGGCAGAGCUCUACAAUGCGACCAUUUUCCUCGCAUAUGCGCCUAAAUAUGUUGCUGUGCGCCUAGAAAAAAAUGACCCAGAUGAUAAUUGUAGCAAUGAUAUCACUGUACGGCAGCCCCUGAGUGCCAUGGCGAAUACACCGAGCGCAAAUUCAUGACCGUGGUAAUUGCACCAUUACUACAUUGAAAACGGCUUGUUGCCUCCAAAAAAAAUGUCAUUGUGCUCUUUCUUUGUGUACUUGUACAUUUUUCAACUUAGGCGCACGUAUGCUCCCUGUACAAAAAGGUCAGUGUAGAACCCUGCCAGGUUUCCUCUGAGCAAAAAAGGUGUUUAUUUUCACUGUGCUUCAUCUCUCUCCUGUGGGAACCAUUUUGUAUUCAUGAGCAAAUAUAAUGGGGUGGUUCUAUGAUUCUACAAGUCUAUGCAUUCUUACCAAGACAGUCAGUAAUAUUCAACAGCAGCCAAACUAGCUAAGGGACUUAUUUUCAACAGCAGAGAUGGAACUUCCAGUGUUUUAAAUACUGAGUCAGGGUUCUAUGUGUUAAGACUACAGUAAGGGCUCUGUAUUCAUUAACUUUAUGGUAACUAACUACUUACUAACAUUGGCAUGAUAUUCCACUCCACUAUUCCAACGCCCCGGCUUCUGACCGUAAUUAUUUUAUAUAUGUAGGUUUUUACAGCAUUCUCCAUUGCUUGCUCACAAGUAGAUAUCUGCACACAUAUUACCAUGUUAGUUCCUGAGUGAACUAUGAACUUGUUCUCCUGCCAUCUCUGCUCUGGUUUAAACAUGCUAAACCACCCCCAGGGUUAGUGUGACCUCUUUAUAAUAACCUUGAUCACCAAUUAACCCUAACCCCCAGCUACCUUUCUUAUAGUUGAGAUGCAGUACUUACUGAAUGAAUGAGUUGUUCUAAUGAUCGAAGCUGAGAGCUGCUGGUCUCACUGCGAUCCCCUUCUCUCCUAAAACAGUGAUGGGGUUGGUAGUGGCAUUAGUGUAUGGAACACGGAACUUAGUCAUGUCCAAUUGUAACCUCAUUACUGAAAGAACAUUUGAUUCUGCUGUUCAGCUCUAGACUGUAGUAAUUUUUGCCUUAAUUCAAGUUUGCUUAAGCUAGGGUGAUUGUUUGAUUGGUUGCUAGGUUUCCUCCCCACCUCAUCUCUCCCCCUGCUACAGUCUUCUAUUCAGACACACUCCACCAACCCUUCAUCCAUAAUGGUGCACUGUGGGUAGUUGAGUUUUCUCCAGGGUAUUGACAUGUUUAUGGGUUUAUUAUGCCCAGGUAUAUGUUGAGGUGUGAGGAUCAGUAGGAUCUUAUUAUCAGUAGCCACCAAUGUGUAACAUGAUGUUACUAAAGCUACUUACGGGUCCUGAAUAGUUCUUAUUAUUAAUUGUUUUUUUCUCUUUUUAUUUUGCUGCUAUUCAUUGUAUGGCACAGCGCCACCCAAUGCUCAGGCACUGCAACUGCACUUGCUUUCAAAACAUGUUACAUUGUUUAUCUCUACUCAUUGGACAAUUAUUUACACUCUAUGAUGGUAGUCUGAAUGGUGACCCGCCCCAUCUGUGGUCUGAGGGGUUGGUGUAUAGGGAGGCUGAGGACUCCUUUAUAACUGGGAUUGACAUGAAAGCAGAACUCAAAGAUGACAGGUGACUGGUAUUUCCCCAGUGCAACAUGCAAACGUGGUAGCAACACGUCAUCACUAGUCUAGAACACCAUCCUGUUUCAACGUCACCAUCUUUUCUCCCUAUGUUGAUGUCCUUUGUUAUUCUUUUUAUUUUAGCGUUAAAUGUUUUUUAACCAGGACAGAUUCAUGCAAGCCUUAAGACAGAGUGCAGCUUCAUUGCAUCGUGUGUGUGUGUGAACAUAGACAACACUUCCUCAGUAGUAUUAGGUUUUGAUUGGCAAGUAGUGAGGGACACUGACUCAGUAAGAUUCACAUAAAUCUGCCCUCUGUUAAAAUGAUGAGGAACUCCUGUUUUAUUUCUCACUACAGAAAAAAGUAGUUAGGGUUAGUUAAAGUAUAGCUAUUUGUAAAGCUAAGGAGAUGAGGGUCCCAUGAGAAUCUGCUCCUAGUUACAGUCAUAGUUAAGAGGGCCCCAUUUGAAUAAUACUUACUGUCCCAUGAUGCUUCUGUGUUCGAUACCUCUGUUACAACUCCUGUUACAUCGCUCAACUGUCAACACAACUGUUACAGUAGCUUAGGAGAUAUAUGUUCUAAGUUUUGGGCCAUGAUGUUCUCAUCUCCAGUCUACUUCCCAUAACUCCAAACUACAGUACCACCUCUCCCUCAGGUAUCUAUCAGUCCAGCUCUGUGUAUAAGGUGUAUAUAUUUCCAGUGCAACAGAACAUGCAGAGAAAUUAACCUGGGGGUUUUUACUGGGGGGGAAAAUCCCACUAACUUAGAAUUUUCUUAUUUUUGUUCAAGUUUUCGAAACUUAAGAAUUGGGUAACGUUCGAAAUACGACACUGAAAUCUGACCCUUUUUGGCUUAAAAGUGGCACAUCUCAACUUUUAUUUGUCAUUUUUUWWAAAUAUAUGUUUAUUCAAUUAAGAAUAUUAAAGGAUUUAAUCUCUAAUGCUG